UGUAAUUAGUGCACGAUCAUCGUCGUAAACACGCGACACCUACACUUGAUCGAUGCCCGCAGACGCGUUUUUAGCUGACGAACUGUCAGAAUUUUCUUGCGUCAUUCGCGGCUAACAUCGCUAAAGUGCGCAGAGCAGCAAAGUGCGGUGAAUUGAGAUUUUUCUCGAUUUUUGAAACGUCAUUCCGCGUGCGAUUUCGCACCAUCGGUUCGCGAUUUUGUGUGCCCCGGGUGGGAGUCUCUCGCAGCCGGAAGCGUGCGUCGCCGGAAGUCAACUCUGACGUAGUAGGUCGAGCGAGGAAGCGUACACUUCCAUUUUCUCGAGCCUCACGACGAAGGAACACGUGCUUCGUUGCCGGUUGCCGCGGACACGCAUUUUGCGCUCGUGCGAGAAAUCGCCGUGGGUGAUUUCUCUUUCAAGCGACUCUUCUACGCCUCUCCGUCGCCUCUCACCGUCCUCGACACACGACAAGGAAGUUUAAAGGAUGAAUCCCGAGAAGCUCAAGAAGCUGCAGGCCCAGGUGCGAAUCGGCGGCAAGGGUACACCCCGACGCAAGAAGAAGGUUGUACAUCAAACUGCUGCCACAGAUGAUAAAAAGUUACAGAGUUGCUUAAAGAAGCUUUCUGUAAAUACAAUCCCAGGCAUAGAAGAAGUAAAUAUGAUCAAAGAUGACGGAACAGUGAUUCACUUCAAUAAUCCAAAAGCUCAGGCCAGUUUGUCUGCUAACACAUUUGCCAUCACUGGCCAUGGAGAAAAUAAACAGAUAACAGAGAUGUUACCAGGAAUAUUGAGUCCUGGUCCCGAGGGUCUGACACAGCUGAAACGAUUAGCUAGUACGGUUGCUGGCAGUGCGGUCGGUAAAGCCACA